ACCACCAGCCGGACACCGCCGCGGACGCCCAUGUGCAAAAGAGGUAGAUCCAAACCCGCCAAACCAGACCCGAAUAAAGGGUCGGGUGCGUUUUCAUUUUCCCCAGUCUGUGUGGAGGGUUUAAGCGAUAUGCGAGUGGGAUUUUGAAAGCCAACAGAAAAGAGAAUGGGGAAAGGAACUGAUCUUUGGGACGAUUCUGCUCUCAUCAACGCCUUCGACGACGCCAUCGCCAAAUACAAGCUAAUGCAUAGUAAAGGAUACAACAAUUGUUCAGCAGAGGAAGGAAAUGUCAUAAGCCGUACUGGAGAUAAUGCGUCUGCUCCUGUUGAUGAGAUUUAUGAGGCUGAAAGAUAUGAGGAGGCUGAUAAGGACAGAAUUGUUCCGUCAAAUAUUGCAACAGAAAGGGGAGAAACUAGUAAUCUUUCUUCAGUUGAAGAAAAUAAAAAAGCAGUUGCAUAUGUCCUUGAAAGCCAUAUAGGUUCAUCAAAUGGUGCACACAUGCAGAAUGAGCUUAAAGAUUAUUCAAAUUCACAAGGUGCAGAAGAUUAUAACGACUUACUUAACCAGUAUUAUGGGCUUGAGGAGCAGAGGCAAAAAAUUCUACAGCGACUUCAUCAAUUGGGCAGUUGGAAUUAUGACUAUUCUGCUGAAGGGUCUGGUUCAUUUCCACAGUGUGCUGAUUAUUCAACUUCUCAAGAGCAUCAACCUCCUAGAACCCAAGCUUCGCAUCCAGCCGCUGCCUGUUCUUAUUGUCCAUGUGCUUGUCAAUGCUUGUUGGCUCCAUGCUUGUCUGUACCUGCUUGUUGUAUGAAUGGGACAUAUGUUGGUAAAACUUGUAGUGUUGCUACUAUGGCAGAGGGUUCAGGAAAGUUGUCCCCUUUCAAAGAUGGUGACAUCGUUAGAACUGCAAUGUGUGCUGCAGAAAAAGCAAUUUCUUCCAUGAAGAUGAGAACUUCUGGGGAAGAGACUCAGGAAGAGAAAAAUAAAUGUGAAAUGGGACAAAGUGCCAACUCUGAAACAGAUCUUACUGCCGUUUUGAAUGCUUGGUAUUCUGCAGGCUUCUACACUGGCAAGUAUCUAGUGGAGCAGGCUACUGCAGGGAAGCGGCAUUUCUAGACUCCCUCCUGCAGCAGAGGCAAAAGUCAAGCAGUCUGAAUGAUACAAACAAAUGGUUUCCCAGCUGUCUGAUGAAGGAAAGGAGUGGUUGCAUCAUUAAAUUUGGUUAUAGCUAAUGGAAAUCAUGACAAGGCAUUGCGACGCAGAGUUAUAGAUCUUUACCUUGGCAUGGAGUUUUUGUUUGUAACGUUCUGAUCGGCUGCCGUGACUGAAUACGAUCAAUUAAUAUGAUUUUGUUUAAUACAAUUUGGCAGGUUCUUGUAUUCUCCACUCAUUGGGCCCUAUUUGGUAUAGUGUAGAAACAUAUUAUAAAAAUGCAUUUGUUGAAUUUGCUGACUUUUA